GCCAUGCACUACCAGAUGAGGUAUGAGUGUGAUGCUCAAGUAUGAAAUCAAGAAGCUGAUCUACAUCCAUCUGGUCAUAUGGCUGCUGUUGGUUGCCAAGAUGAGUGUGGGGCACCUGAGGCUCUUGUCACAUGAUCAGGUGGCCAUGCCCUAUCAUUGGGAAUAUCCAUAUUUGUUGAGCAUUGUGCCGUCUCUCUUGGGCCUUCUCUCCUUCCCUGGAAACAACAUUAGCUACCUGGUGCUCUCCAUGGUCAGCAUGGGGCUCUUCUCCAUCGCUCCCCUUGUUUAUGGCAGCAUGGAGAUGUUCCCUGCAGCACAGCAACUCAACCGCCAUGACAAGGCCUACCGCUUCCUGUUUGGUUUUUCUGCUGUCUCUGUCAUGUAUCUGGUGUUGGUCCUGGCAGUCCAAGUUCAUGCCUGGCAACUGUACUACAGUAAGAAACUCUUAGACUCUUGGUUCACCAGCACACAGGGGAAGAAACGUAAAUGAAGCCUGCCUGAUGGACUUCUGAGGGGCGAAACC